AUGACAAGGGGGGUAGUUGCAUGUAAGAAACGAUGGUAUAAGAUCAACAAGGUUGUUGCACAAUUUGCUGGUUGCUACGAUCAAGCUAGUCGAAACAUAAGGAGUGGUUCGAACGCUGAUGAUAUAAAGGAGUUGGCUUAUAAACUUUAUUCCACAAAUUAUGGUCAAAAGUUCACUUUUGAGAGGCAUUGGAACAUGCUUCGAUUGGAGCAAAAAUGGAGAAGCCAACUACCUACACAGAGUGGCGGCUCAAAGAGAACCAAGGUUAGUGCAACUGGAGCAUACUCAUCCUCAUCAAACCCAGAAACACCGUUGGCUGACGAACCCGGUGUGGACUCUCCCGUUCGCUCACAAGGAUCAAAGAAGAGCAAGCGAAGAGGUAAGGGAAAAGCACAGAUGUCUGAAGAUUUUAGCGAAAGAAAAUCAUCGGUUGUCAAAAAAUUAUCUCUCAUGGAAGAUAUUAAGAAUGUUAGAGAAAAGGAACUAAUGGAAAGGGAAAAAGAAAGAGAAGAGGAAAAGGAACAUAGAGCAAAGAUGAUGGCAAUCAAAGAGAAGGAGAUACAAAUUCAAGCGGCAAUGAAAGAACAAGAAUUACAAACUCAGAGGUAUAUUAAAGAAAUGGAGAUAAAAGCAAAAGAAAGGGAAAUGGAUAUGCAAAUACUUAAUGCUGACACGUCUACAAUGAGUGAGAAACGACGAGCUCUUCAUGAGAUUGCAUGUGAGAAAAUAAUGGCCAAGUGGUUUACUUAA